AUGCUCAUGCAUCCUCAUAUCAAUGCUUAAUAAGGUUCCUCAUCAAGAUCUAUGUCAAUAUCUAUGGAUGAUUCAAUCAAUAUGUAAAUACAACCAAUUGUCUAAAAAAUGGUCAUUGUCAACUCACAUUAACUAUAAGUGAGAAAACCAUCUAAUUAAGCUCAAGAUAUUCUUCGUUCACCACCUACAGCCAGCUUAACUCCAUAACAAGCUUCAGAAAAACUUCCUUAGAAUGACCUAAAGGAUUUACUAUUAAUAGAUGAAGAACCAAGUAUUAAAGAAUAAUCAAUGUAAAUAAACCCAGAACCUAAAAAAAAGAAAAAGCAAAUUAAGAAUAACAUAAGUAAUGCAGAGAUGAUCAUUGAUGAAAAACCUUAAAAUUCAUAUAGUGAUGUACAAUGGAGUAAGUUACUUACUUCCAAAACGAGUGUCACUAAUCCUUCAUUCUAAUUAAAUUUUCUUUAAGAUAAAGCUGCAGAAUUCUUUUUUAAACAAUCUUCUUUAAAGUGGCUCAAACCAAAAUUACAAAAUACAUACUACUAUAUUAGUAGUGUUGUCUUAAGUGUUUACUUAUGUUUUUUCAUCACUAUUAUGUUAAUAGAUUUAGAAGAUGGAAUCUAUUAACAACCUAUAUACUAAGUUAUUUUAAUGACAUUUUGGUUGAUAGAUACAUUUAAUUAAAUUCUUUUUAUUCAAUAUAAAAACGGAGAGGAAAUCAAAUAAAUAGAAGAUCUUGUUACCAGAUAUUGUAAAUAUUAAUCAAUAUUUGAUAUUUUGACUAUAAUUCCUAUCAUAUUGUGUUUAAUUUAAAAAAAGAUACCUGCAAUUUAAUUAUUACAUCUUAUAAAUAUAUGGAAAAUCAGAAGAGUGUUUUAUGAAUUAUAAAUAAUAUUAGGUAAAUUCGCAUUGUACAUUUAUUAUAUUUUGGAACUUCAUUUCGUUUAAUUUAUAGCUUUGUCUAUUAUUCAAUUUUCGUUGGAUAAACAAUUAAAUUAUUUUGAUGAAUUCAUAGUAUUGUUUUAUAAAUCAGAGAAUGCUAAUGUUCUUACUUACAUUGUUAGGCUUCUCAUUCUAAUUUAUUAUUGUUAUUUCAUUUCAAGACUCAAUACUUAAGACAAGUGGAAAUUAAAUCAAUUUUCUAUUCAAAAUAAUACUAAGUAAAAAAUUAAUGGAUAUAUUAAUAAAUUAAAGAGUUAAUAAACUGUUGAUCUCAACUUCCUCGAAUAUUUACCUCAGCCAUAUAUUGAAGACUUCAAAAAUUAAAGGUAUAUGUAAAUGUUGUCUAAUAUACCUAUUUUUAAGUCUUCCUUUUCUGAAACCACACUUAAAGAAAUUUGCAAUCUUAUUCAAGAAUAUACUUACAAUCCUAAUUAAACUAUUCUCCUUUAAUAGACUCCAAAUCAAUAAUUAUACUUGAUUUUAUCAGGAGAUGUCAGAAUCUCAUAGAGAAGAGAAGAGACUCAAAAAAACUGUGAAUUUAAAUUAAAAGUUUUAAGUGAAGGUUAGAUAUUCAACAAUAAAGCCUUUUUUAAGAAUUCUUACUCUAAUAUAUGUGCAACUUCAAUAGGAUUCUCUUAGAUUGCUUAAUUGGAUAUUGAAUUAUUUUAGGAGUGUAUAAAACAUCAUUAUUAAGAGAAAUAGAAGUAUAAAAUGAUGUUGGAUUAGAUUGUACUCUAAGAAUUUUAUAAUUUGUGUUUAAUGCGUUGUUAUGCAUGUGGUAAAUUUCAUGAUAUUGAUGAAUGUGAUCAUGUACAUUAUGUUCCUAAGAAAUCUUUCCUGGUUUCUUACAUUUAAUCAAAUGAUGUUUAAGUAAGACAUCCAUAGAAAAGAAUACGAUGUAGACAAUAGAGAACGAAAUCUUAUAUGUUGAAGAUAGAAGAGAAUGCUUUACUCUAUUAGUAAUUGAACAUUGAAUCUGACAUAUCUGAAGAUCAUAAACAUUUAGAUGAGAUGAUAAGUAUUCAAUAACAACAUUAUUUGCGUGAAGUCACAAAUCCAUACACAGAUAGAUAAAAUUCAUUGUAACAAUCUUAGUAGACUCCUCAUAUGGCUUCAUAAUAAUCUUUAAGAGAAUCUAUACAAUCUCAAUAGCAGCCUGGACAUUAAUUAAUAGAUAUACCCAAUGUAAGUCCUGUUCAAUAUGUUCAAUAACCUCCUAGUGCAAUUUCACAUAGUUCGUAUGCAUAAUUAUUGAAGGAUGUAUCAGGGAAUCGGAAGAACUUUAAUGGAUCAUCUGAUAAAAACUCUAGUGGGAAUGUUUUUUCGUUACCUUACAGUAGUAAUGGAAGUAAAACAAACCCUAAUAAUGUUAUAUAGAAUAAGGAGAAGGAGGAUUUGAUAAGUAUUUAAUUAAAGAAGGCCAAAUUGAAAGAUAGUGUAUAUUAUCAUCAGAGAAGAAUAUAGAAUCAAAUAGAAAGUGAGGGUCCACAUACUCCAUCUAAGUAUUAGAAGUGUUAAACAACUGCACCACAAUUAUAGUAAAAUAAGACUUACAGAUCAGAUCGGAAAUCAAAUUCUUGCAUUUCUGAAUCUGAAAAAGGAGAAUAUUAAGUGCAAUAAUAAUAAUAAUAGGAGAAACCAACAUCUAAAUAUGGCAUAACAUCUUCAAAAUUUACUGGAGAAACUGCAAAAUAAUUUAUGAGGAAUCCUUUAGAAAUGCCAAAUAUUGAAUUUUAUUAAUCCUUUGAAAAGAGUAAUCAAUAUAGUGAUUACUUUCCAUAAUAUAAUGUUGAUUAAGCAAUUGACAGUUAUAAACAAUAUUAAUAAUCUAGAUCCAGUGCUAAUAAAUGA